UUAGUCACAUGGAGGUCAUAUGUCGGUGGUGCUGUAUCAGCAGCAGUUCGGUAUGAUGAUGAUGACUUGUUCCUUGAGAGCGAAAGGUUUAAGCCUAAAUACUGACCCGUUGUGUGACCUUCUCUUUUCUCGGAACCGGAGAGAUGCCCCCUGAACAGGCCGUGAUCUCAUUCCACCGCUGAGCUCUGACUGCAGUCUUCACCCUCUUUAUGAGGGGCCGUGUGAAAGUCCAGCUGUAGAAGUGUGUAUGUGUUCCGUCUGUCAUGUGACGGCUCCGUGGCGUUUUUUACCUCCAUGUUAAAAUAUCCUGAGCAGCUCUGUCUGUGUCUGACCUGAGUCGUGACCCCUGGCCCCUGGAGGAUAUGUGUGAGCUUGCUUUGGUACGGUUUGAGUAAACAGAGACUGGAGGAAUGUCGCGGGUGAAUAUGGCCAUAAACAGUGAGGUGGGUGAUUGGGGGUACAGUGAGGAUGCUGGUGAGAGGGCAUGGCUUUUGCAGAGCCCCAGUGUGGACUCCAUUCAGGCUCCCGGACAAUCGCAGCAGCGUAGGGACGGGACUUCAGCAUUUGGGGCCGUGUUUAUAGUAGUGAAUGCUGCUUUGGGGGCGGGGCUUCUCAACUUCCCUGCUGCAUUCAAUAUGGCUGGAGGAGUGACGGCUGGAGUGGUGCUACAAAUGUGUAUGUUGUUCUUCAUCAUCACUGGCUUGGUGAUCCUGGCUUACUGUUCUCAGGUUAGCAAUGAGAGCACGUAUCAGGAGGUGGUGCGCGCAGUGUGCGGGAAGGUCCUGGGUGUUGUCUGCGAGAUCGCCAUCGCUGUCUACACCUUCGGCACCUGCAUAGCCUUCCUCAUCAUCAUCGGAGAUCAGCUGGACAAGCUGAUUGGAGCAAUGGCCCACGAGUCUGAGGCAGCAGUGAGCUCUCACUGGUUCGCAGACCGCAGGUUCACCAUCACGGUCACCUCCGUGCUCAUCAUUCUGCCGCUGUCCAUCCCCAAAGAGAUCGGCUUCCAGAAAUACGCCAGCAUGUUGAGUGUGAUCGGCACCUGGUACGUGACAAUCAUCAUCAUCAUCAAAUACAUCUGGCCUGACAAAGAUUUUUCCCCUGGAAAUAUUCCAACCAGUCCUGCCUCCUGGACUGAUGUUUUCAAUGCCAUGCCCACAAUCUGCUUUGGCUUCCAGUGUCAUGUCAGCAGCGUUCCAGUGUUUAACAGUAUGAAGAAGGCGGAGAUUCGGCCAUGGGGAGGUGUGGUCACACUCGGCAUGAUCAUCUGCCUCUUUGUCUACACAGGCACAGGUGUGUGUGGUUUCCUGUCAUUUGGCUCAAAUGUCAGUCAGGACGUCCUGAUGUCGUAUCCAUCCAACGACAUUGCUGUGGCUAUCGCCAGAGCUUUCAUCAUCAUCUGCGUGGUGACUUCUUAUCCCAUACUGCACUUCUGUGGAAGGGCGGUGGUGGAGGGUCUGUGGCUGCGGUUUAAAGGUGAGGAGGUGGACACAGACGUGGCUAGAGAGCGCAGACGGCGGGUUCUGCAGACGCUCGUCUGGUUCUGCCUAACGCUCCUCCUUGCUCUCUUCAUCCCCGACAUUGGCCGAGUCAUAUCGCUCAUCGGGGGCCUCGCCGCCUGCUUCAUCUUCGUCUUUCCAGGUCUGUGUUUAAUUCAGGCCAAACUCUCCGAACACGAUGUCCACUCAGCCAGCUGGAAGAUGCUGGUGGCUUAUGGGGUUGUCAUGGUUACAAUUGGAGCUUUCAUCUUCGGCCAGACCACCACAAACGCCAUCUACCAAGACAUCAUAAACCAUUCAGACAGCUAGUGGAUGGACAGUCGUGGUUACUGACAUGUUGAAAAGCUCAGAACACUCACAGACUCUGCGAGUUAAGGCACUUACUUGUAAUCAGCAAUUGUAAAAAGACACUGGAAUAAAAGCAACCGCCUUCAGUUAUACCUCCUUGAAUAUCCAGGAUCUACUCAGCAUGCAGCAUGACCUUCUCCUGUAGCUGUGUGUGAAUGGGACACCACACUGCGCACUCUGUGAAGGCGUGUUUGGGAGUUUUGUCAGUCAAUCAGAAACUGGGGAAAAAAACACUAUUUUAAGUGAAGGUCAAUUUGAUUUAGCUUAUGUCUAUUUUUAUUUUUAUUAAAGAGAAAUUCAAUUAGUUUUUCGACAUUGCUGCAUAAUUCAGUGUCUGAGAUGUAAACCGAGUAAUUCUGAGUGGGUUUGAUGUGGAAUGUUCAGAUCUCUUUACAGUGGUGAUGAUAGGAACCAGGCGUCGCCAUGACUACAACACAAAUAUAGACAUUUCAUGUAAUAUCCAGAACCACCAGAGAACCUACAACGAGUCUUCUGAGUUUAUGUGUAAUGUUGAUGAUGGGAAAAUAGUGGAAAAUCUGAUGAAGUGUGUUUUGUGCUGCACAUUUUCUUGGAGACUGUUUUAAGUGAAGUGAUACUUUUUUAAUCCCACAAACGGGGAAAAUUCCACCUCUGCAUUUUACCCAUCCCUGAAGUGAAACACCACAAACACCCUUGUGAAUACACACACACUAGGGGGCAGUGAGCACACUUGCCCAGAGCAGUGGGCAGCCCUGUCCACGGCGCCCUGGGAGCAGUUGGGGGUUAGGUGUCUUGCCAAGGACACCUCAGUCAUGGGCUGGGGGUCGAACCGGCGACCUUCCGGUUUUGGCUCACAAUGCCCUGCACCUCACAUGACUUUCUACGAUGGAGCUUUUAGAGGUGGACGUCUGGUUCCUAUCACCACCACUGUGAACAAUUCUGACUCUAGCACGGAGCGUUUCACACCAAACCGCUCUGAAUGUUUACAUCUUAUCCAUUUAAUUAGGCUGAAUUUUUAAAAUAUUACUGGACUUCCCCUUUUAUUUGUGGGAAGUUUGUCUUUUACCUUUUUUGUGACAUUUUAGCAUUACUUUCAUUUUGCUUAAUUUUACUUGAAUUUGAUUCAGAAGACUUGAAUAUGAAUCACUAACACUGAAAAACGGGAUUCUGCCCGUCAGGCUGGAACACAGCUUGAAAUGGUUCUAAUUAAAUGAGCUGCUUGGGUUCAAUUAGCUUUAAUUUUGGUUUAUUUUCAUGGUAAAAUGGAGAUUUGCUGCUUUGUGAAAGUGGAAGGAUGAGUGCUUUUUCAAUCUAAUCUUUUUUUUUUUUUUUAAAGACAUUCCCAGAACCUGAAAUCCCGUCAGUCACUUUAUUUCUGUAGUGAUGAACUUUUCCAGUCUCUGUUCUGCAGUAUCCAAUAAUAAUCAGGCAAAUUUCCUUUGCCUUCCCUCAGUAAUCAUUGUAAUCAGUGUCACACAUAAUAAAUGUCAAGUUUACAGUUGUUUUUUUGUAAUUAUGGCUAAGUGAAGUUUAUUUGAAAACAAUAAAGGGAAUCGAUGCAGUACA